AUGGACGCGUCGAGCCUUGCGCGCAACUUUGGCGCUGCUCUCCAGUUAAGCCAUGUCGAUGCGGACUCGUGCGUGGACGAUGACAUGGCGAAAGUUGCUGAGUUCGUCCUCUCCAGCGGCCCUGCUCAAUCCAGGCUGCUGUCCAAUGCAGCGCGGAGCGACAAGUUGCAGAUGGACGCCAAGAAGGUGACCCGCUGCGUCGCAGUGCUCGGCGCCUCGACUUCCAUCAUGGAUUCCUUGAUGCAGGCUGAUAUUGAACGAUAUUUGGCUGUGACUGUUCCCUCGGAUCAUCUUCACCAAUAUGCUGAAUUUGCUGCGUAUGACGCCGCCGACUUCAGCGCGACGCUGAGGGGAUCUGCUUCGAUACUGGGCUUCACCACGUCGCUGCCAGCGGGGUCCACCGAGAGCAGCAUUCGCAGCGCGGCCUUGGUGGCGCCGCGUCGCGUGCGCAUUGCUGUGGAGGCCCCGACGUACAGCGGCAUUUGUAAGACGAUGCAGACGAAGCUACGGUACAGCAUGCUUGUGACGAUGGACGAUGUUCUCACGAUAGUGGUGUAUGCGAAAUCUGCGUCCCUCGGCCUUUUGGAGCGUGGGACUGGUGAAUGCGUGGCAUUGAGUCAGAUACGAGCUUCUGGGGCGACUGCUUGGUCAAAUCAUUUCAAGUCCUCGGCCCGCUUCGCGAUGACAGACGGUGAUCUUACAAACGAGAAGGGGGAGCGCAUUGUUGGGCAGCAGCGAAACUGGGACCGUCACAGGGAAACUUGCGGGAGCCACCUCAUCUCGACGUCCUACAAGAAGGCAAUGGCCCCCCUGACUGCCAGCUUGCGGGGCAUGCUCAACCACCAGCUCAGCUUCCAGAUGACGGGUGAUAUGAUGUGCUGGCAGAAGUGCAUAUACGAUGACGUGGAGGAGAGGUGUUUGAUCUUGGAGGGCAGCUGCUCGGAUGAGGCAUCGCUCCAUCGCAGGCUUGUUCUGCGGACUUUCUGCAGCUCGAGUGAACGCUCCAACGUUAUGAGCAAGGUAUUGUUGUCCACCCUCCCCAACGGCGACUGGAGGCGCUGCGAUCACGUGUGCUACCACGUCGCCGACCUCGGCAUUGAUGAGACGGACAGACACGCUAUAGUCCAUGUGCUGGCGUCUGGUUUGAGUACGGCUUUGGCGCCACACAUGCCGACGAGGUAUCAGGAGGCUAAGUGGUGUCGCGGGGAGGUCGCCACGGACGAGACGGCCAUCGGAGAGGCGUGCCAUCGUGUGUUCUCGUUCGCCUUCAGGCGCUACAUGCUGGCGCACGGGCACGCGGUCGGCGCUCUGCCCAGGGGGCGAGGGGGGACAGAUGCGCUGCGCAUGUCUGUUCGGUCGCAGGCUCAGCCAGGGCAUGGCGACCCACCGAUUGCCGACGGUGAAGUCGCGGAGGCGGCGGACUUCACCCCGAAGCACGAUGCCGAAGAUGGCGCCAUCAAGAAUGCACGGUUCAGGAAGGUUGCUUGGAAGUGGUGGUCGUGCAAUCCUCUCGGUCUUCUCGUGCUGCAGAGGAACGCCAUGGAGUGCCUCAGGGCCAUGCGGGACCACAACUUCUACCUCAAUGGCCCUGCGUUCGAGCGACGCCAGACUGCGGAGGCCGCUCGGAAGAUACAGGCAGGUUCCACUGACCUUCUGGUCCGUGAUUUCGCACCGCUGGCAUUGGCGCGGGGCGAAGUGGGUGAACUUUGUUAUGACAAGCUGGAGCGGCUUUUUACUGUUGAUGCCAUGUGGAUGUGCAUGCCCGACGAUUGCUUCACCGUCGAGUUCAGGGCUCUUUCGUUCCAGGAUCGAGUGAGCAAGAUGUCCCAGCACCUGAUGGACCCAAUAUCUUUGAGGAUCAUCACCGACCAUCCAGACCUUCAAGGUGACCUGUGCGAUGCCAAGAUCUUCGCCUUUAUGUUGAAGUGGCCGUGCGACAACGGACCGCAGGCCCAGCUGAAGGAGAUCGGGGCAUCUGCGGCUCUCGCGAAUCGUUCCGGCCUGGUGACCACGAAGUCUUCAUUCGGCCCGACGCCCUCCGAGGCUGGUCGGAAGGCGAAGCGCCAACAGUCGGUGACGGAGGCGAUCCAGAACGUUGGGUGUACUGAGGUCGAGCUUUGUUCGCGGAUUCCGCAUUGUCAGCUUCCGUCGCUGGAUGAGGCGCUCACGUCGUGCCGCGCAGUGAUGAGGGUCAAACGAGAGCGAGAUCGACAUUCGCUCCAGAACGACAUCAAAGCCAUUAACGAUUUCAGAGAAGGCGUCGGCAAGAACCAAGUCGCCAUGAUGAGUGAACGCGCGGCAGCUCACAUUGAUAUUGGCAUGAAGUUCGUUGCCGUCCCUGCGUCUGGAAAGCUACGAGUGGUAGAGCCUUCCUAUCAGGUAUCUGCGGAUAUUGGUCGUGCUACGGCGUGGGCAUCUACGAGGUACAAGUCCUCUGGCAUGUGCUGCGGGCUGGAGGCCUUCAACAAGUGGGCGCACGAUUUCAUCACUCAUGCAGCGGCGCCAACAGAGCUCGACGGGAUGAGGGGCAGUGAAUACCGCAAGUGCUGUGACGCCGAGAUGUGCAUAUGCGUUGGUCGGGGCAAGGAUCUGGCGAACCGCGUCGCGACGUUCCUCGGACUGGUGAAAGGUAUUUGCAGCCCAGGGACUUCAGCACGAUCGAUGUUGGGCGAUGGCAGGCUCGUGGCCGAGCUCAUCGGCCAUGGCCCCGACGGCCCCGACGGGGAGGACCUGAACUUGUACAGCUGGCUGCAUUUUGGUCUUAUGUAUUGGUCGCCGUACCGCCCGACCUUCAUGGAAGUGGUGCCCGUGGAGCCGAUUGAGGAUCUGCCACCGAGAGACGACAGAGUCUACAUCAAGGCGACGUGCCAGUUUAAGACAUUGUUCAAGGCGCUAGACCUCUUGUUGGAUUGCUCUCACUGGUCUGUUCGGUGGUACGUCCUGGAGCACUCGGGCAGGCCGAUCGCGAACUUUUCGCCGUUGGUUGUUCCUGUGCUGCCUCUGGACGGCUAUGCGGUGGCGCCUUUCUGGCCGCGCCAUGGCGCGGCCGCGCGGGCCCCUGGACCUGGCGAGCACCACCUACCCGCUGCAGACGUCGAGGAAUACAUCGAUGGCGUUGACCUCCCCGAGGGCGAGAGCGACCACGGGGGCGGCGACGCCGUCUGCGGCGGCCACGCCCACGCCGACGUGAGCGACGGCGAUGAUGAGCUCGAUGACUUGAUCGAUGAGCUCGAG